AUGAGUGAGAACAAUAGUAACGGAGAGAAACGUGUAGUUUCAUUCUUUAUUUGGGAUCCUGAACUCGAACGUAAAAUUGAUUGUGAGGUUAAAAUGAUUGAUGGUAUCAGUAAAUUACUUAAUGUAGCUACAACAGUUGAACAAACAAUUGAAUGUAAUAAAGCUCUUGUUCUAUCACAACAAAGAAUGUUAGCUUUCAUGGCUGAAAUAAAACGAAAACAACAGAAUUUAUUAAAACGUGAUAAUCUAAAUCUUGAACCAACAAAAGCAACUGUUAUUCUAUCGGAUAUUCGAUUACCAUUAACAUGGACAAAUAUGAAAAAAGCUAAAUCAGAUCAAAAGAAAUUUGCCGUUUUUUGUUUGGCACGCAUUGGAUGUGAGAUUAUUGAUACACAAAUGAAAUUUAUCGAUAAACAAUCAACGGAUGUAUUAUUUACCGAUAAUUUAACAUUUGGAAAUGUUCCACAUGAUUUUCAAUUACAUCUUGAAAUUUAUGCAUUGAAUAAAAGUCUUGCUGUAUCAACAGCAGCCAAAGAUUUUGCUGAUCGAUAUAGUUAUUUUUCAACUCAUGGUUCACCAAAAAUAAGACGAAAAGUUCCAGAAAAUGAAACUACAGAUAAAAAAACAUCUACUCAACAACAAUCAAAAUUUGUUUUAAUUGCUCGAGCAAUUUAUACUAAAGAAUCUGUUCAUAAAAUAGCUAAAGUUCGUUCUUUAACAAUGGAACGUUUACAAGAAAAUCCAUUAAAUCAAUUACCAAUUGAACAUUCUUUUAUAUCACGUUUUGUAAUUCAACCAUUAUGUUAUACACGAUCAGCAACAUUUACUGGUAUUGUAGAAAAUAAUAAUAUUUCAUAUUCAUGUGCAUUAACUGGAGGAUUUCUAAAUGGUGAAGAAAUAAUGCGUAAUAAUUCUUCAGAUCAACGUACUUUUUCUAUACCAAUUACACAAGAUACGAUAAUUUUAUCACGAAAUGAUCAUUUAUCAUUUUCAAUUUAUAAUCGAGGUUUUGAUCAAGAAGAAUUUUUUGUUCAAGAUUUAUUUAUAUUAAAUAUAUGGCUUCGAGCAUUACAACAACAUAUCGUUGAUAUUCGUGCAUGGGAACAAACUACCGAACAUUUACCAUCUAUACGUCGAUAUUCCUAUCAACCGAUAAUAACAUCUAGUAGUUCAACAAAUUUAACAAAAAAAUCAGCAUUAAAAACAAAAGCUCGAUCACUUGAAAAUAUUUAUCAAACAGGUGUAACAUCUCAACUAAUUACAACGAAUGCAUUGAAUCCAUCGAAAAAUAUCAGUUAUACUAGUGAUCAUUAUAGUACUGAUGAUGACGAUAACGAUAAUGAUAAUGUAUCUGUAUUUCAUACACGAUUAUAA